GGGUUGACUUGGGAGGAUGAAACGACCCAGCAGGUUCUGUGGAAAGAACUCUCCAAACUGAACAGGAUCCCCCGGCCUGAGACUGCUAAAGCCAGGCCGGUGGCUCAGAGCGUUCCUACCGGAGGCCAAUCGCUGAAGCCUCAGAGGCGGAGCUUAGGAGAGGUAUGCAGAAAUACCUGCAACAGCUGGGCUACCUACCCAAGACCAAGUCUGACCGUAUCCAGGGCGAUGCUCCCCCGGGUUACUACCCAUCCUGGAAGACUUCCUCUCCCAGCUUCCCCCCUGAUGGUACUGCGGAUGGUACAGUCCUGCUGAUGGCGGCCCUCCAGCAGUACCUGUCCCGGAGCGAACCACUUCAGCCAGACGGGGGGAAGCCACAUGGAGACGGAAGCCCCCUGCCCUCCAGGCCCCGCCCCGUCCUGUCACAAGGGGAGGGGGGCUUUGGGAGAGUCCAACCACCUCCAGAGGGGGGCUUUGGGAGAGUCCAAUCACCUCCAGAGGGGGGUGCAGCUCGAGCAGCGAUGAUAGACCGACCGAAGAUGAAGAGUGGAGUUCCCAGAAAUCCCCUCUCUGCUGUAGAUGGGCGCCCCCGUGUGGCCGUGGGUGGUAUGAGUGAUCUGGAGCUGCUGGCCGCGCUGAUCGCAGAGGCCCUUCCUGAGGUGGAGCACAGCAGAGCACUGACAGAGGAGGAGGAAGCAGUUCUCCCAGAGGACUACCAGGAGGAGGUGCCCACGGAGCUGCCUAGCCCAGAGGAAGAGGAGGAGGAGGAAGAGGAGGAGGAGGUGGAGCCCUCAGCAGCCCCCUACAACACCCAACAACCCCCAGCAGAAGAGAGAAAAGAAGAGGCAAGGAGCAGCACAGAUGACAAGGGUGUGGGUCUUCUGGGGAAGCUUCUGGAGUAUCUAGACCGCUCGGCACUCACGGACACGCCCACGUUGCCUCGGCCGCGCGGGGUCAGAGGUCACGGCGUAUCCGUGGAGACGGUGCGCAGCCGCGUGCAUCAGCGCGAGCUGGCGGUGCAGAAGAAGAGCAGCAGCAGCAGCAGCGUGGCCGAGGUGACGCAGGUGCAGGGCUGGAUCACGGAGGAGAAGCUGGCGCCCCCCUCUGGCCCGGAGGCCAAACUGCAGCCGCCGCUGCUCCUCCCCCACGCAGCACCGCUGGCUCACGGCCAGGAGGAGCUACAGCUGGACGUCCAAUCACACGCAGGCGCCCGCGGCGAGGAGGAGCUACAGCUGGACGUCCAAUCACACGCAGGCGCCCGCGGCGAGGAUGAGGACGUGUACGGAUACGUCAUCACAGAUGAGGAGAAUCUACCCACUGAUAAGGGACUGCAGAUGAUGGAGAAUUUGGCUCACCGGGCAAAGGUCCAGAUGACUGACUUCCUGGAACUCGAAGUGGUAGGUUCUGCUGUCAUCUUUAGGGUUCGCUCAAAUGGCCAGAACAUUUCUACUACAGAUGUUGCUAAUAUAGCAGUGAACCAGAGGGAGGCGCUAGAGAAGGAGGCCAAAGUCAAGAUCCUGGAGGCGGGAGUGACAGAUAAGACGAAGCUGAAGCAGCUACCCACCAAGUACAGUCGCUCCGAGUCGACAAAGUUCCUGGUGCUGACGGUGAUCUCGCUGCUCUGCAUCGUGGGAGUGCUGCUGGCGUCCGUGGCCGUGUACUGCCUCCGUCAUCGCUCGCACCACAAGCUCAAGGAGAAGCUCACCAACCUGGGCACCGACGCAGCCACAGACACCAGCGCCACCUACCAGGAGUUGUGUCGUCAGCGUAUGGCGAUGAAGCCAUCCGUGGAGAGGGCGGAGUCUCGAAUAAACAGCGUGUCGUCUCAGUUGAGUGACGGCCCUAUGCCCAGCCCCUCUCGAACAAGCACCGCCUCCUGGAGCGAAGAGCCCACCCACUCCAACAUGGACAUCAGCACAGGACACAUGAUACUGUCGUACAUGGAGGACCACCUGAAGAAUAAGGAUCGUCUGGAGCAAGAGUGGGAGGGGCUAUGUGCCUACCAGGCGGAGCCUAACGCCACCACUGUGGGCCUCCGAGACGGAAACACCAAGAAGAACCGCUGCAACACCGUGGUGGCAUAUGAUCACUCCAGGAUCACACUGCGUCUGGAGAACAGCCAAGGAACUUCAGACUAUAUCAAUGCCAGCCCAAUAAUGGAUCAUGAUCCUCGGUACCCUGCCUAUAUCGCUACUCAGGGUCCUGUGCCAUCCACAGUUGCUGACUUCUGGCAGAUGGUGUGGGAGAGUGGGGCCGUAGUGAUCGUGAUGUUGACGCCUCUGACUGAGAGUGGAGUGAAGCAGUGCUACCACUAUUGGCCAGACGAGGGCAGCAACCUCUACCACACAUAUGAGGUAGUGAACCUGGUGUCGGAGCACGUGUUGGUGUGA